UAUCUUUUGCGAUAUAUAUUUUGUUUAAGAAUAUUUAAGAAUUUUGAAAGGAAUAUAGUUAUUCGUUUUAUAAUUAAAAACUUCGCUAAAUCUAUAUCGUUGAUAUAACAAUUAUUCUAGCUGCCGUUACUAUUGCUGCUGUGGUAGUCGGAAUCAAUUUCUUUGAAUAUUUUAUAAAAGCACCAUCAUUCUCCUAAAAUCUAUACUCCCAUUCGCGUCUAUAUUUGUAAUGUUGCGAGGUAGUAUCUGGUCUUUUAAGUUAACCAUUGAAAUACGUCCACAUCAUCUUUCAUGUGGUGACCUAUAAACAUUUCCUAAGGGGAUAUGUUACAAUCUAUCGAUCUCUAGUCGAUCAACGCUUUUCAAGGAAAUACUCCUUUCUAACUAAGAAAUAAGUUGUUUAUAAUAUAGGUUCUCGAUAUUAGUACUUACAUAUGCACCCUCUUGAAACUUUUAAUAUUGUUCUACUUCAUUUAAUUUAUUUUAAUACAGGUAUGUAAGUAGCUACGUAGAAAAGAAAAGAUUUUAACAUUUCUCUGAGAAAAUAUUUCCGAUAACAGCAUUGUACUAAUCGCAGCAAUAAUUUUUUUAAAAAGUUUCGUUAUCAUAAAUUUCAUAUUCUAUAUUCUUGCAAUUAAACGCCUAAUUAGGUGCGUAUUUAUAAUCUAAAGAAAUUUAUUAAAACGAGAGUUAGAAAUUCUUGAAGUUUUAAUAGAAAACUGAAAACGAAAUUUAGCUUUAUAACAUAUUAUGUAAUAAGUAAUAUUUAACUGAGAAUUAUUGAAAGAAGGGAGGAGGAAGGUGUAAACGAUUGUACACGAUGAGGAUAGAAUAAAAAAGGAAGUAAAAUAAUAAUGAAAAAUUUGUAAUCACGCGAUUGUUUGUAAGCAGUGAAAUAAAAUUACAAGAGGAAGGAAUUAUGAAAGUAUUUUAGCAACAAUUGGUAAUGAUAGAUGGUGGUAAAACGUAAAGUGGUCAUGAGUCACAACCUGACGCGGUACGGGGAGGAUAGCAGGUGCUACUACUGUUGGUGCUGGUACUGUUGGUGCUGCUGGUGCUACCAUUAUUGCAGGGGUGGCCAGCUGGAUAGGCCAGCAAGGGAACGGAUGUUCCCAGGAGAUUAUUGAUCGUGUAUGUAGAUACUUCCAUUUGGACUGCGUAGACAGCAUGGAAUUUUGCUGAAACGUAUCGAAUCUAUCUUUUUCUAAUUUUUUUAAUUGGAAAUACAAAAUUGGAUUUAUAUAUACCUACCAGAGGUACACGAUCAUAUUUUCUAUAUUAGAGUAGAUUAUAAUGGUUAUCUAUUCAAUGUAAUAGAUAUGUAGAAUAUUUUUUCACAAGGAAGUUUAUCAAUUCCAUUAGACACGUAUUGGCUACAAAACUGCAUAUCUUAGCUAUAGAACAAUUUUUUGCCGAUAUUUCUGUGCAAUUUAUAAUAUAAUAAUAGAAGUAGAUUCUCUAGAUCCAAAUUUGCUUAGAAUGAAAUCGUGUUAUGAAAUAUUUUAGUUAUACAGAGUGAGCAACGUAACUGGAACUAUAUAUAAUGUAGGUACAAUUUGGUAGAUCACUACGUAAGUGACAAUAAUAAUAACCUUAAGCAAAAUUGAUUCGGAUGAAUGUUUGACUCAAAGACGAUGCAUGAUUUCACUUUUUCUUAUCGUUCGUAUUUUUCGAAAUCUCAGGGUUACCUUCAAUUCUCUUAAGUGAAAAUCAAGUUUCCUCUUAUUGCGAAAAUUGUGGAUAGUUAAAAUUGUUUGGGAAACUCAUAGAAUAACAGCAGACACAAAUAAAAUAUUUAUCGUUCUGUCAAUAUCUUUUAUUUUUUAUUACACUUUGGAUUUUUAUAGACUUACGUAUGGAUAUCAUUAAAAUCUUAAAAGUUCAAAAAUUGAAAAGCUUUGAACGACGGUAUAUCUUUUAAUCGAAUAUUUAAUGUCAAAUAUUGUUAAAAAUACACGGCUGUAUUGUUUUAUGAACGUUGAUCAUUAGAUUUAUCGAUGCACAUCCUUAGAAGUAGUAGAUUAAAUUUCGUAAAAAUCAUGGAACCGCAAGGAGAAAUGUAAAAGAGUUAAAUUUAGAGAUGUAAGGUGGGCGAUCGCUUGAUAGGAUCUUGACAAGCAACCCCAACUCAGGAAAGAAACAGUUUGAUACGUGCUCGUUGUGAAUUAAUUUUGAUAAGUCAGGUGAUAGAAUCUUUCCAAAAGUCGUUUAAUACCACUUCAUCGUACAAAUAUUUCGAAAAACACAAGUGAUAGAAGAAGAAACAAAAAGUACGCUGACAAAUAGCGUAGCACGUGGCCUUCUUUAAAUGCAUUCAUUUAUUAGAAAGUUAUCGAAAUAAUUCAAAUUAUGUGCCUUUGUUAUUAAUAUACAUGUAUCGGCGAAAAUUACAAGUUUAGUUAGAAAUUACAAUAGAUAAAAAUGUGUGAUGUGCUUAAAUAUGAAGUAAUAUCUGAACCAGAAUCGAACGAAUAUACAUAUAAUUUAUUUGACAAUAUUUAAGACUAUUUCGUGAUUCCACGAAUAGAGAGGGUUGGUCAACCAUUGGAUAACGCCCACACCAUGAACCUGCGUGUAGGGUAAAAUUGAGUUCGGAUCUCGUGUAAAUUUGUCAGGAAAAUUUUGUCCUAACGAUCCUAACGGACAUCAACCAAUAAUAAGCAGGCUUCUGAAAUUUAACACGCCAUUCUUAACGUCGUCGAAUAGCUACGGUUCUCUCCCCUCUCUUUCACGUUGGGAUAUCGCAAGUGACGGUCACUGCCUUCCUGAUUCGAUCAAUGAAAGUACCUGUACCAGAACGUUCAAGCUAUGCGACCACCCCUACUGACAAUGAAGCAUAUGACCAUCUGAUUUUCAUUUACGUACUUUCUGGACAUUACUACCCAUAUAUGUACACUUCGAUCAUCAUUAUUUCUAGUACAGACUGUAACCUUCAAAUCAAUCUAUUUUUUUCUCUUAACAUAAAUAGUACAUACAUACCUAUUUACAUUGUUUUAUAUCUGCCAGAAUACAUCAUCUACAUAGGGAAUUGUAGUGUAUUUCCAAUUAAUAUUUCUUUUAAAGAUAUUACAAACAAACUUUGCGUCAUUCAUUUGUAUUUUACAUUUACCUAACCGCACUAAAACAAUUUUUUUUUAUACAAAAAUUACACCUGGGUAUACCUAUUUGAUUGAUGCAUUCGAAUACGUAUUCAACUUUUUGGAAUAGAAUGACAGAUAUGAAGCUACGUAAAUUAUAAGUUCUAUUUGCGAUGACGAUUCGUGUUAGAGGUAUUUGCAAUACAAUCGUGAUAACUAUAUGGAGUACGACCGAAUAACAUUUAGAAGCAGGCAUGAAAUAAUUUCUUAUGAAAAGGUAAGAAGAAGCAAGAAUCAAAUUUUUUCAUACGACGCUUCGUUUUCGAGAAAAUCGAUUUUGAAAAUUUAUAAUUUAAAAUAUACUUGAACAUGGUUAAUUCCGGACUGGGCAGGAAUAAAUAAUCGACAGGACAUUAUUCUACGUGUAAAAACAAAUUGAAAAUGCGGAACGAAAUUGGUCUACAAGACGCUUUGUUUCCGAGAAAAAUGAAUUUGAAUAUUUAUCAUACGUGAAUUCUUAGUUAAAUACGUUCAGACUUUAUUUUCUUGCAAAUGAAGCCUCGAACGGACAUUUUUGACUUAUUUUUGUAUGUAGAAUAAUUCCCUGCUUAUUGUUUACUCGUACCUAUUUCGGUAAUUAGUCAUGCUCAGGCAUACUUGAUAAAUUUUCAAACACAAUUUUCUCGAAAACGAAACGUCGUGUGAAAAAAUUUCAUUCUUUUUUCUUCUUACUUUUUCAUAAGGAGUCGCCUCAUAUAAUAAUAAGCCUGUAUAAUAAUUUUUCAAAUAAAAUAUCACAUAAAUACGUUUAUUUAUGUUGAGUUUUCCUCGUAUGAUAUCGUUACAUAUAUAUUUUAAAUCAAUAUUUGUAAUAGCGAUCGAAUAGUUGAAGAUUUUGGUAUCUGUUGUAAUAAACUUCAAAGCUCUAACACUUUGCAUCAAAUUAGGAUUGCGGAUUACGGUUAUAAAGUCUUUAAAAAUGCAAACAACUUUAAGAAAGGUAAUGUAGUAACGUAAAUAAGGAAUAGGUACCUAUGUAUGUAGUUACAAUUACAUACUUACAUAGCGUGUGAAAUAUUGUAUACAUAUUUAUUAUUUAACGAUCUGAUAUAAAGUAUCCUUUAUUACUCACCGCUAUCGACGUUAUAAAACGUAUUCCAAAAAAGUUCUGCUGAAGAAAUUACAAUAAAAAUCAGUCUCUUCUCUAAGAUAUGUAAGUACGUAACUUUUUCAAAUAGUAUUUCCAGCUUUUUAACAUAAACGGAAAAUUAUAAUCAGACUUUAUUAAAAAGAUAAAGCUACUAAACUAUAUCUGCAUAAAAAAUUAUACGUACCUACAUGUAUUUAAUCACAUGUAAGUAUAAGUAUCCGCUUAAAAAUUCCAAAUAUAAGUGUUAUACAAAACAGUAAAUUGUUUAUACGUUAUAACAUGAGAAGUUUCUAAAGUUAAUAAGUUUCCUUUUUUUCUGAAAUGAUUUUCUUAAAAUCAAUUAAGGUAUAUGACUACGUAGAGAUGAGAUAUUAUUUAAAAAAACAAUAUCACUGCGAUGAAUUACAGUCUCCAUGAUAAUCCUGAACCUUUUUACGUUUUGAUUUUAUUGCUAUAUAGGUAGUACUUAACUAUCAACUAUUUUCCCUAUUAGGUUGGUUAGCUAUUUCAACUUUGCAGAAGAACGUAUACAUGAUGCAAAUUCCUAUUUAACAAAUUCCUAUUUAAGACAUAUACAUAUGCCUUAUUUAGUUUAGUAUUUAGGAACUGCUGUAGACCGAAAGAACCCUUUCUUCUAAGAAAAUUACUUUCACCUUUUAUUUCGUUGGCAAAGUUUGUAUAAAAUAAAGCGGAAAGGAUAGAAGCAAAAAUGCGAGGUCGAGUUCCCCCGUUUACUGUCCAAGAAAUUAAAAGAAGGGAAAGGUUUGCGUUUGCACGCAGGUUUGAACAGCGUGUAAGUACAUAUGGUCCACCUGCAAAAGGGAGCCAACACCUGUCACGCACACCAACCACGGCCAAUGGUUUACAGCACGGCAAGCAAGUAGAUUCAAAGUGGGGGAUUAUCAGGGCUUUCGUUACCCCUUGGUACUAGUUUCAUUCGAACGAUCAUGCGGUUUACAUGUUUUGUUCUAUACAUUGGUGAGAAUGUACGUAUAUGAUGUAAUAAAUCGUAAUCGGAUUCAUGUUCUCAAGUUUUUUUGUAAGUUCGCAUAAAUGUUUGUUUUACUGUGAAGGAUCUUAAUUUGCGUUCGAUGUAUUACCUUGGGGAACGUUUAGAGUUAUGUAUAGAUAUGGAUACUUUCAUCCAGGCUCUGAGCACGCCUUCGAUACAUAUGCGAUGAAAAAUGGUGAAAAUGAAGGCAGAAUCGAUCGAUACUAAGAAACCAACGAAUCGUGGUGUAUCAAUUAUGAAAGAAAAUAUGCAUGAUGACGAUUACGGCGUUGAGGCAGAAUUGACAAGUCUUUCAUGGCUACAAUCGCUUGACAUUACAAGUGCUUCUAGUUUGCCAACACCACCCUGUUCUCCAUCUCCACCUCCUGUAACGCGACAGCCAAGAAAGAAACUUUCACCCCUAAUUAAGGCCGAAUUAGAUCUGGCUGCAAAUGCCGAGAAGUAUCGAACUGACCCUGACGCAAAACCGCCAUUUUCGUAUGCGACGAUCAUUUGCUUGGCGAUGCGUGCAAAUAACAACAAAGUGUCCCUUUCAAAUAUAUAUGCAUGGAUUCGAGAAAACUUCUUAUUUUAUAAAUAUGCUGAUCCAGCUUGGCAGAACUCAAUUCGACACAAUCUAUCAUUGAACAAGUGUUUUGUCAAGUUACCACGUUCGAAGGAUGAACCAGGCAAAGGUGGUUUCUGGAAGUUAGAUUUGGAAAGAAUGGAAGAAGGUAGAAAAUCGAAGCGACGCGCAACAAUGUCUCAACGAAUUCGUGGAUCAAAGAAGCUAACAGCUGCAAAGACGAUGGUAACGAACAAUAUUCAAAGCAAUGGCGCCCCAUCGAUCAACUGUCCGUCAACGUUAUACGAGACACCGCCCAGUAGCGUAUCUCCUCCAAUUCCAGACUGUCUCUCAGAAAUUCCCGAUUCUACCCAAGUUAGUUUAAGCGAAGAUGAUCUCACUGGUUUGUUAAUCGCUACUGCGGGUUGGGAUGAGAAUCAGUUGGAUCUCUUAGAUUCUCUUCUUGAUACUCUUUAAAAGAUUGGCCGGUUAAAGCCUUUUGUACACAAACUCUGACAUUUAUAUUUAACUUUCUUAACUACUCGUUAUCCUACAAAUUUAUAGAUACGUUUACAAUCUUUUUCACGAAUAUGAAACAAAUUUAAGUAAGUGGCUUCAGUUUCUAAAGGUUCGAUACGUGAUUCAAACGAUUAUACAUACUUAUGCAUCUGGUAGAUACUUGAAUGUUUUAAAAGAUGUUAUAAAUAUUUUCAUUUUGAAUAUUAACUGACAGUGAGAGAUAUUUCGAACGAAUAAGAAACUAUUAUUUUGCCCAGUAUUACUCUAUUUAAGUUUAUUGUACCUACGUACGUGGUGCCGAUGGACGAUAAAUUUCCGAAAGGGCAGAAAAAUUGUGUAUAUAAAAUGUAUUUCAUUUAUUUUAAAUUAAUUUAAAAAAUAAUAUUUAUUUAUUCACAACGAUAACUAUCACCGUUGAAAUAUUUGUUAAUACGAAAAUAUGAUUUGUGCUUAUUACUUGACUGAAUACAUACAUAUAUCUAUUAGACGAAAAUUCUACGAUAAAUUGAUAGUUAAUAAUACUGUGUAUGAAAAAUAAUUAUAAUAUAUUUGUAACACAGUAAUUUGCAGUGUGCCUUCGAAUAAAGAAUAAAUAUUUAUAGUAUCAUA